CAAUUAUUUAUAAGCAAGAUGAUUAUUAAGAGAAAACCCAAAGCCGGCUUAGACCAGUCAGACGAAGCCCAAGGUGACAAGAAACAAAGCUACACAGGUCUUGACCUUGACGCUUAUUGAACAUGCGGGAUGGCAGUCCAGCCACAUGAUUGAGAAAUGGUGACUCAGAACAUUCUGAUCAAAGGAGCAAAUGCUGGAGACCCUCCUUUGCUGUGCAUGGCUUCCUAUCCGAAAGGCAUGAAGAUAGAAAUCUCCGUUAAGGCUGAAGAUGCAGAAGGCCAGCAAAAAGAGUCCCUUGUCUCUGAGAUGCCCAUCAUAGAUAUCAAAGAGGAAGUCAAAGAAGAUUCAAAAAGUGAAGAAUCCAAGAAUGAAGAAGUCAAGGAACCUUCAACCAAGAGAGGCAGAGGCAGAGGCAGGCCCAGAGAGUUCCCUCAGACAGAGUUUUACACCAAGAACAUGAGACUCGACGUACUCAACAAAGCUUUGGUCAGAGCAGCCAGGAGAGAAUUCACGGAGUUAUUCAGACUGUUCUGCAUCAACUCAGGCCUCUUCCAGCCUGAAGACCCUGAAGGUGACCUCGAUGCGGUGAUUGCCUCAGAUCCUUCUGAAGUCCUCAAGAUGAACUUCGGCAUGUCUGAUGAGCAGUUUGAUGAAGCCAUGCAAAAAUUCGUGCCUUACGCGUUGCAAGUGGAGUCUCCUGAGGAUGUGAGUGAUGUCCACGGAGAACUCGACAAUCUCAAGCAGUUCCUAACUGUGCUCGUUGACCCUGAUAAAGGCUCUUCUGUGUUGUUCCCUGGGACUGACAAACUCCUGAAAGAUGAAUUGCGCAGUCUCUGUUUCUCUUACUCUCACUCCAAGCUGGACGCCUUCAUGGUUCUUCCGGAGAUGAGGUUUGUCUUAGCCAAAGUCUUGAGCCCAGAAUACAUUGACUCAUUCAUUGCUAAGAACCCAACUUUGAGCGAGAACGAAGGUAUCUACAAGCAGUGUGCAGAGCUCAUGCUUCAGCAGAUGAGCAAGCACAACAAGGCCAAUAAACAUGAAGAGCCAAGAGACGAAAUCUAA